AUGGAGGGGCGAAAAUAUCGACGCCUCGACACGUUCUAUCCUUCUCUAUCGUCCGGAAAUGAUCUCUUGAAGGCGCAGCUUGGAGUCGGGGAUUUACUCCAAGGGGGCCUAAGGAGUACCAGACAUAGCAAAAAGAGGGUAGAGGCAUUGAAAAACCUGUUAGCUUGUCAAAACCAGACAACGAAGAAAUUCAUUGAAAAAAUUGAUAGACUAUACCCAUUCACUGACACCGUCUCCGACUCCUCGAAGGGCGACUGCCGGCAAUGCAGAACCUGUUGCCCACGGGACCCUGUUGCUUCCUUCGCCGGACCACCUGAUGUGAAUCAGGAAACCUGCAACUGGGAAGGGAAAACAGAGGCAAGGGAAACAGAACAAUCUGUAUUCAUGAAGAAAAUGACUAUCUGCCUUUAUUUCCAAGAAUAGCAAGCAAUUUAUACACAGUUGAAGCAAAUGGCAGGCUACACACUACCGCCUAAGUAGAAAUACAAGAAAAUAGAAAAAUUAGCCGUUAGCUCCUGCGUCAUUCACAAUGUUAGAAUGCCUGGUUAAACUGAGCAUCAUAGAGAACAUUUUGUCAGAUGCCAUUGUUGCUGUUCAGGAUACCUUAUUUUGUGCUUCUCCAGCUUGGUUGUCAUGAUUCUUAUAAAAACAGAAUUCUGUUCAAUGCUUCUUUUGUAAAUCUUGCUUUGAUAUGUUACAUUUCAUGUGCGUAUGUCCAUUAAUAGCAA